AUGAGUCGCCUUCCUCCUGUCGAGAAGUUCUCCCUCGCGGUCCGCAAGAACAUCCGCGACGAGUGGGAGAACAAGAGAGCCGAGUAUGAAAAGAAGCUCUCCGAUCUGCUCGGCGCGCCAUGGAAGAUUGAUAUCAAUCUCCACCAGGUCUGCGCAUAUGCUCAGGAAGGCUAUGCGACAGAAUCGCCUGGCUCAAUGAUUGCCGCCUAUAUUGAUGGCGUCUUGUAUCAGCUGGAUCGCUUCAUCGGCAGUCAUGGAGAAGAGGGCAAGGCCGAGCUCAACACGAUUGCUUCGGCCCAGACCAUCACCAUGGAUCUGGACCAAGACAAGAAGUUUUCCUACUGCGGAUGCGAAGUCUCUCCCACGGGACAGCUGGUCAUUCUCUUUCGAGAGGGCUGUCUAGGCACCAACAUUGACUACGCUUGUUCCCUUGAGAAUCUCGAAGCCGCUCUCAAUGCAGCUCCCAGCGCCGCCGUGGCCAGUCACCGGCCGAUGAGCUUUGUUGCUCGCGCAGCCAUCAGAAAUGACUGGGACACCGAGGUAGAAUCAAUCAAGACAAAACUCAGCGAGAUCCUCAAGAAGGAAAUCACAGUAGUACCGCAAUUUGAGCAGGUCUUUGACAAGCUCAGCGCCGCCAAAGACGCUCCAGAUAGCUGGGAGAGAAACUUGGGCAUGUUUCUCAAGAUGUACUACGAGGCCCUGGUGCAGUACCUCGAGUACCAGAAAUUCGGCGAGGAUGACAUGCUGUAUGAGGGGUUUAACGAGGUCAUUGACAAGGCGACUGUUGUCUUUCGCAUCGUCGACAAGGGCCAGCUGAAGCACUCCACCUAUAACGAGUGUGUCGUAGAGGAUGGCACGCUGAUUCUCCAGACUAUUCCCGAAAAUUUUGGUACCAAUAUUCCCCAGUGUUCCGAUAAACUGAUGGAUCUGUUGUAA